UUAUUCUUACGUGACAGUUGACAAUUACGCCGUUAGUUGUGCUAACUAAUUCUGAAAUUGUUAAUUAUAGUGGCGUUUUUUUUAAUCCAAGGCAGGUGAAUAUCCCCUAUCGUUUCUUUUCAACAGCACUGGUUUGUUCGUGUACAGAAGAAAAUAAACAGCAAAGAUGAAAAUGCCCACAAAUAAACCCGUUGGAAAUGGCUAUUAUGGGUAUGAAGAAAUCACCUACUACUCAGAUGGUUCUGCAACAGAAGAAAUUGAACAAUCUGUUGGGUACCAGGAGGAGAACAAUUCAGGGGCAGAUGAUGAUUUCUCUGAAUACCUAUGGAUGGAGAAUGAAGAAGAAUUUGACAAAGAAGUGAUGCAGCAGUUGGAAGAGCAAGAACUCAUGGAACAGUGCUUAGAAGCUAUGCUUGAGGAUGAGAGGAUAAACAAUCAAUGUCCAAACAGACCUGAAAUUGAACUUCUUAAUAUGGUGAACAACUUAAAGAUUGACUUUGUUGAAGUGGCUAAGGGCAGCACCCUGAACCCUCUUGCUGCUGAAUUUAUUCCUGAUGGUUACAUUAAUUCUGCUACUGCAACUGCUGGUUCUUCAUAAUGAAACUCUCUAUCAAUGUUGAUGUAACAAAAAAAAAAGAGAUUCAUGUCUUGAUCGUUAUGAGGUUGCCAAACCACUGCAUUUCAUACCUAGAAAACUUCUAGCACUUUAAAAAA